CUUUAAAUAGACGCAGUCAAGUUACCGUAGCUCAUGACGUAUUGCCCCGCUAUAUAAUUUACAAAUGAUCAGAAUAAUUUUAAUUGUUAAUAAUAUUUUUUUUGGAGGUAUUAUAUAAAUAGUAUUUUUGACUUGUUCAUCCCUCCACAGGGACCACACAUAUCACACAUGACAUAUUCUACAUAAACUGUGAUCGUAUUUGCUGAAUGUGGCUGGAAAAAGUUGAGUCAUGAUUUUGAUUGUGCAAUGUCAUGGAAUAGCGUCCGAUAUGUCCUAGGGUCAUUUGGGGAAUGGUGAAGUUACUGAGUUACUAUUUAAAAGCUAACAGAGAGCUACCAUUCAACCUGCAAUCAGUCAUCCCUCACCACAGAUUCAAACUUUAUUUUGGAGAGAAGGGUGCUUUGAUUUUGUUGUAUUUAUCUCCACGUGCUCUAUAGCAGCAUGCAGCUGUGGGCAUUGCUCCCCGUCUGCCUGGCUUUCUUUGGCACUGCGGGCAUUUGGACUGUAUUUGCAAUAGCUGUAACAAAUGGAUCAGUCAACCUAACAGAGGGAAUCCCGUACAUCAGCCAGUGUGGCACUUACAACCCGCAGAGCUGUCUCUUCUCCCAGGUCUGCAACAUCUGCUGCUUUUUAGCCCUGUGGGUUGUGGUGAUCCGUUUCCAGCAGGUCAGAGACUAUGGUGAUCACGGAAAAGCCAACAUUGCCAGUAUUGUUUUAGGAUUCAUCUCCUCCAUAUCGAUCUCCAUCACCGGGAACUUCCAGCAAUCAGUCUUAAUGAUUAUUCACACUGUGGGAGCAGUCCUGGCUUUCUUCCUUGGCCUGGCCUACUUCUGGGUACAGCUGUAUCUAACUUAUCGGGCUCAUCCAUCGCAGGACCGAUGGUGGGUGGGGCCUGUCAGGGCGACCUUCUGCAUCAUCUGUACUGCCACGGUCAUUGUUAUGUCCAUUCUCCACAUCACAGGCGUUUCCUCCGGAGCUGCAGCGUGUGAAUGGAUUCUGGUGAUGUCGUUCUUCUGCCUCUUUGGCCUUUUUGCAGCCGAGUUCAGACACAUCGACUGCCACAGCCUCACCGUACAGAAGCAAAUGUUUACGAAUGACCGCAGCCACGCAUCAAUACAAAUGAAUGGCUAUGUUAUAAAUACAAUAAGCUAAAAACACUGUACUGGAUCUGUGUGCUAGUACACAUGGUUCAGAAUGCAUUAUGUUCAGUUAUUGUGUAUAGAACUGCUUUUUAAUUUAUUUGCAUGUUUUCCAUGUUGAAGACUCAGUAUGGCAGAUCUGUUUCAUGAUCUAUGACAGCAUCUUUUGAUGCAAUUCAUCAUGUUUAUGUCAUUACUAUUAUUAAUAAAUUAUUUUACUAUUACACAGUCAACUACCAUAUGGGGAGCAUUUUCUAUUUAUAUAUGUUUAGAAGAAUUUCAAAUAAAUAACUUGGGUGCAGAGAU